UUUCCUCAUGGGAAGGAGAAGCUUACUAUAGAAGAAGUGAGGACACAGCACAGUGAACCUCUGCCAAUAUGGGGAACUGGAUUGAGAAUGAGGGGCUCUCCAUCUUUGUCGUUCUGGUAUGGCUGGGGCUGAAUGUCUUCCUCUUCGUGUGGUACUACUGGGUUUAUGCCUUUGGAAAGAAGUACUAUUACACUACAAAACUUCUCGGAGCAGCACUGCCCUUGGCCAGGGCCCCUGCAGCCUGCCUGAAUUUUAACUGCAUGCUGAUCCUGCUGCCGGUCUGUCGAAAUCUGCUAUCUUUCCUCAGGGGUUCCAGUGCGUGCUGCUCAACAAGAAUUCGAAGACAACUAGACAGAAAUCUCACCUUUCAUAAAAUGGUGGCAUGGAUGAUUGCACUGCAUACUGCAAUUCACACAAUUGCACAUCUGUUUAAUGUGGAGUGGUGUGUGAACGCCCGAGUCAACAAUUCUGAUGCUUAUUCAAUCGCACUCUCUGAAAUCGGAGACAAAAAGGGUGAAACAUACCUCAAUUUUGUUCGAGACAGAAUCAAGAACCCUGAAGGAGGCCUGUUAGUGGCUGUGACUCGGUUAGCCGGCAUCACUGGAAUUGUCAUUACACUGUGCCUCAUACUAAUCAUCACAUCCUCCACCAAAACCAUCCGGAGGUCUUACUUUGAAGUGUUUUGGUACACACAUCAUCUCUUUGUCAUCUUCUUCAUUGGUCUUGCCAUUCAUGGUGCUGAACGAAUCGUACGUGGGCAAACCAACGAUAGCUUGAAGAUUCACGAUCCGGAGUUUUGUGAGCAACAUAUCCGAGAUUGGGGGAAGAUGGAGAACUGCACGAUCCCACAGUUUGCUGGGAACCCUCCUAUGACAUGGAAAUGGAUAGUGGGUCCUAUGUUCCUGUAUCUGUGUGAGAGGCUGGUCCGGUUUUGGCGAUCUCAGCAGAAGGUGGUCAUCACCAAGGUGGUCACUCACCCUUUCAAAACCAUUGAACUACAAAUGAAGAAGAAGGGAUUCAAGAUGGAGGUGGGACAAUACAUUUUUGUCAAGUGCCCCACUGUGUCCAAGCUGGAGUGGCACCCUUUCACACUGACCUCUGCUCCUGAGGAAGACUUCUUCAGCAUCCAUAUCCGUAUUGUUGGGGACUGGACAGAGGGGCUGUUCAAGGCUUGUGGUUGUGAUAAGCAGGAGUUUCAAGAUGCAUGGAAACUACCUAAGAUAGCAGUUGACGGGCCCUUUGGCACAGCAAGUGAAGAUGUGUUCAGCUAUGAGGUGGUAAUGUUAGUGGGAGCGGGAAUUGGAGUGACACCGUUUGCAUCCAUCCUCAAGUCUGUCUGGUACAAAUAUUGCAAUAACGCCACAAAUCUGAGGCUAAAAAAGAUCUACUUCUACUGGCUGUGCCGUGACACACAUGCCUUUGAGUGGUUUGCAGACUUGCUGCAGCUGCUGGAGACCCAGAUGCAGGAAAGGAAUAAUGCUGACUUUCUCAGCUACAACAUCUACCUCACCGGCUGGGAUGAGUCUCAGGCCAAUCACUUUGCUGUGCACCAUGAUGAGGAGAAAGAUGUGAUCACAGGCCUGAAACAAAAGACACUCUAUGGACGGCCCAACUGGGAUAAUGAGUUCAAGACAAUUGCAAGCCAACAUCCUAAUACCAGAAUAGGAGUUUUCCUCUGUGGACCUGAAGCCUUGGCUGAAACCCUCAGCAAGCAGAGCAUCUCUAACUCUGAAUCUGGCCCUCGGGGAGUGCAUUUCAUUUUCAACAAGGAAAACUUCUAGUUCAUCCCGGCCGAGAGGAUAAACAUGAGUUAUGCUGCAUGGUGCCCGAAGAAGACUGAUUAGUGAUAUGUUCUUCUCUCUUUAAAAGAAAUAGAAGGAAAAUGUAAUGUUAUAAAUUCUCUUGAAAGGAGUGUCAAAGAUUGUUUGCUAGCAAUGCUACAUUUAUAUAGGGCUUUAUGGUUUUCAGAAGACUUUUGCAAACAUUAAUUCAUUAUUUCUUUCAGUAGUGCCAAAGAUAGCGCCAGGGUUCCAGGACUCACUGUAGGAUUUAACAAAAUGGGAACUCAAAUAGUUUCAAUACUUUCCUGACAGCAUCUCUAGGCCAUCUGGCUUGAAGUCUGGUAGUCUUUCCACAAAAUCAGACUGUCUCAAAAUUGGUUUUUAUAUCCAAAAAGCAGCAG